AUGGAUCCACAUCCCCUUCUCAUCGAUCGAGCUCCUGCCAACCCCAACCUGCCCUUCGAUCCCCAACCUCAACGCAAUCUCCACAAUCCCCGGUCCCCGGUCCCUCAGCCUCUGCCGCUCGAUAUCCAGCGUCGGCGACUCCACGAAAACCCACGGCCUAACAAGCCCGGGCACAUCAACCGGUGUGUCAAGCGGUAGGCGUGCCGUGCCGAAAACCUGCACGGGCGGGGAGUCCAUAAUGCUGGAGUAGAGGUCCAGGUAUGCCGCUUCCUGCCCAUCCGGCACAAGGAUGGUGAACUGCGCGAUUCCCUUCACUCCGCUGGGGUGCGUGGUGCGCUCCUUCGUCGCGUCAACGCGCAAGUCUCGGGGCGUGAUGUCAUGACACCAGAAGGGGAUCUCCCCACGCCGACUCACGCCGCGGGGACCGCCGACCUGUGAUUCGCCCUUGGGGAAUGUCACCUUCCAGCGAACGUCUUUCCCGUCCUGCGCCCUCUUGCGCCCGCCCUCCACCGGUUGGUCGUAAUCGAUACCCAGCCCGCCGGACUUUUGGUGGAUGCGGCCGCGAAGGCCGGCAUAGUCGAAGCUGUCUUUUGGAUUCGUCGUCAAGGCAAAGUCGAUGAAACCGUACUUUUUGUGGCCCCAGAGGUGUCCUCGCCGGAGGGAUGGGUUGUCGUUUAUGAAGGCUAUUAGCUCCAGGUAUGUGCCGUCUUCGAAGAUUAUUAGCUUGUUUUCCGUCUUGCCGUCCGAGUGCCGCCCUCCCGGGCUUAGGGUGAAGUUGUUGGUUAUCCAGGAUGGGGGGUUCUGCAGAUCUGCGUAGGGGACUAGGAUGACGACGUGGUCUAUCCGGGCCGGGGCCAUGAUGUUGAUGUGGGAAGAGUAACCAGGGUUUAUGCCGGCCCGGUGGAGUGAGCCAAGGAAACAGGGGAGGGAAAGAGGAUAAGGGGAGGGGAUUCUCAGCAGACAGUCAAAUUAUAUGGCAACUGCCCGAUAAAGUGAAUCAUACACGUCAAGGAUGGAGGUGGAGAGCUCAGUAAUCGUUUAUCCCCGAAUUUGAUACAAGGUGGCGAGGGCGAGAGCGCGAAAUAUAGUCAGGACAAGCCUAAUAGAGCCUCACAUCCGAUCGCAUCAUUCCAUUCCCGGAUGGUGUUAAGCGGGUCAUUAUCGAAGGGAUUUUAAAUGCGAGGGUCGUGUCCAUGGGCAACUUGUCCAAGGAAGCAGUCGUACUCACCGCCUAUUGAAUUUCAAUUUGACCAAGGGCAUUGCAGGGCCCGAGGUGCACAGCGAGAACAGCCGCAAUUAGUCUCCCGGUUCCUGGUGGAUGGCUGGCUGUAACGUAAGUGAGGGUGAGGUGGAGGAUGCGGUAAAC